AGACUUAGCUUGGAUUUUUUUUAAAUUUAUAACUUUAACUACCUUGGCUAAGGCUAAAGUGUCCGCUCCGCCAUAAUGGAGACUAUCAACAAAGCCCUCGACUCCGCUUCGCAUGCUAUCUGGGGUGAAACCCACCCCCAGCACCAGCAGCACGGCGAAGAGCCUCUCUCCGGAGUCCAAGGACAAGGGAAAACUACAGACCCCUAUGAUGCCGGAAACCGCGAUGGUAAGUUUCUGCCUAUAACGACAUUAAUGCAACAUAGAACCCUAGCUAAUUGAACAAACAGUCCAGCCCGACGCUCCCUCCACAAAAUCCCCAACAGCGACCACACCUGCCUCCCAAAAGAAAUCCACCC